AUGACACAACAUAAAAGCUCGAUGGUGUACAUACCCACCACUAAGGAAGCUAAAAGACGUAAUGGGAAAUCAGAAGGCAUACUAAAUACUAUUGAAGAAGUGGUGGAAAAGCUUUAUUGGACCUACUACAUACAUUUACCCUUUUAUUUAAUGGCCUCUUUUGAUUCAUUCUUCCUCCAUGUUUUUUUUCUCACAAUUUUCAGUUUGAGUUUCUUCGGUAUACUAAAGUAUUGCUUCCUUUGA